AGAAGCAGGGAAUGAAGCUAGGUGGUUCGACCACAGUGAAUGCCGUCGUAAACAAGCGCAAAAUACGUUAAAGACGAUAUUCAUCCAAUUGGAAAAGAAUAAUUGUUUUGCGAUGGUUCGGGGUGUGUGGGCGGUGCUGCGGGUGGGGUCUUCCGAGGGAGCUGCUGUGUGGAAAUCAAACAAACCUCGCGCUGUUGGAAUUGCUGCACUACGGCUGCGGUGCACCUACGAGCCAAUCACUUCCGGCUCCAGAGCCAUAUCAAGCAAGGCGGGAGCCCUGUGGUCUGCAGACAGAAUGCCCGAGGUAACCGAUCACCUGGACGAGAAGCAGGUCCGGCUGCUGUCGGAGAUGUGCAUCGUCAUCGACGAGAACGACAGCAAGAUUGGUGCGGACACCAAGAAAAACUGCCAUUUAAACUCCAACAUCGAUAAAGGUCUGUUACACAGAGCUUUCAGCGUGUUCAUAUUCAACAGCGAAGAGAAGCUGCUCUUACAACAGAGGUCGGAUGCCAAAAUCACAUUUCCAGGCUGUUUCACAAACACAUGCUGCAGUCACCCUCUGCACACGGACAGCGAGCUGGAGGAGAAGGAAGCCAUCGGAGUGAGGAGAGCUGCUCAGAGGAGACUCCAAGCUGAACUGGGUAUCCCCAUGGAGCAGGUGAAACCAGAUGAAAUGACAUACCUGACAAGGAUCCACUACAAGGCCCAGUCAGACGGUGUGUGGGGGGAACACGAGAUCGACUACAUCCUCUUCAUGCAGAAGAACGUGGAGUUGAGCCCAGACCCCAAUGAGAUCAAAACCCACUGCUACGUGAGCAAGGAGGAGAUGAAGGAGCUGUUAGAGAAGGCCAAGCGCAAAGAAGUGGAGAUCACACCCUGGUUCAGCCUCAUCGCAGAGACCUUCCUCUUCAAGUGGUGGGACGAUCUGCAGAACCUUAAGAAGUUCAUGGACCAUGACAACAUCCACCGCAUGUAGCCGAAACAGGCCUUCUGUCAUUUCAAACCUGUGGUUGUAGACGCACCUGCUUGACAUGCAAGCAUAGCCACACACACAACUCUGAAUGUAUCACAGGCUACAUUUCUCCAGGAAGUCGUACGUGUAGAUGUGGUCCAUUGGGUUAUUGUAGCUCUUUGAGUUGCAUUCAUCUAUACAAGCUGAUGCAAGUAGGGUGAUUAGUAUUUAGUUCCCAAAUAAAGCAUGGAAUCCAUUCUGGAAAGAUGCAUUUAUAGAGUGAACUGAAGUAAACAUUCACAUUUCGCUCUAGUAAGAUGCUAAAUGCGAUCUCGCUAUGGACAACAAAAUUAAGAGAAUAGGCCAUUUUUUUAUAUUAAAACUUAAAGUGCCUAACCACAGGGCAUUGCAUUGAGGUAAACUUUGACAACUUAUAU